AACACGACUCUAUUUCUGCCUUAUUUUGAGUAGUUCAUCCCCGGCAACACUAAACGGCAGAAACGAUCACCUCAAGGCACAAUGGCCAAGGGCUCGACUACAGAAGUCAGCGAGUAUGAAUUACAACGUCAGGCAAACAUUGCGAAAAAUCAGGCGCUGCUGAAAGAGCUCCAAUUAAGCGCAGCAUCAGCCGGUCUUGCACCGAAGAAGAAGGCGGCAUCCAAGCCCACUCCAGGCGAAAGCAGACCUCAGAAGAAAAAACCAGCAGUCAAAAAAGAAUCCGCGGAACCCGUCGUGCGCCGUACCUCGUCGCGGCUGAGAGGUCUUGUGGCAGAUAGCGAAGUCGCAAAGCGCAAGGCAGAAGAGGAGCAUGAAGCCUUGAGACAAGUCGAAAAGGCCAAGCGCCAGCGCGUCAGCGGUGAUUUGAAUCUCAGUGAUAUUAUCGUUGCUGGCAGGCAAUGGGAUAACAGCGGAAACUUUUUGCGGGAUUUGGUUCGGGGCAAGCCCUACGAGCGUACAUUUACCUCAGAAGAUGUCAAAGAGACAACAGACAAGGAUCUCAAGGCGCUGAGACAGCGGAUGAGUGGCCUGGAAUUAUAUGGUGAAUUCACACAGAGUAGAAUAAAACUUACUCCUGAACGCAUUUACUGCAUGGGCUUUCAUCCCAUGCCAGACAAGCCUCUUGUGUUUGCAGGCGAUAAGAUGGGGAACCUCGGUCUCUUUGACGGCUCACAAUCUGCUCCUGAAAUCAAAGCCGAGCAAAACGACGACGCAGAAGAAGACGCCGACGAAGACGAACCCGAACCGGCAGUUACCACCUUCAAGCCCCACACGCGGACAAUUUCUUCAAUGCAGGUCCAUCCGACAGACUCGAAUCUCCUCUUCACCGCCUCCUACGACUCUUCAAUCCGCAAACUCGACCUUGCCAAAGGCGCCGCCGUACAGAUAUGGGCACCAUCUUCAGAAGACGAGGACGAGCCCGUAUCAAGCAUAUCAAUACCGCAUCAGGACCCUCACUUGAUUUACUUUUCAAGUCUCGAAGGGCGAUUUGGGCGGCACGAUACACGCGCACCCAGCGACAACACUGGCGGCACAGAGCUAUGGCAGUUGUCCGACAAGAAAAUUGGCGGAUUCAGUCUUCACCCGUUACAGCCGCACCUGGUCGCUACGGCAUCGCUCGAUCGGAUGAUGAAGUUGUGGGAUUUGCGGAAAAUCACUGGCUCCAAAAACUGGCGCCAUCCGCUGCUGGUUGGAGAGCACGAGAGCAGAUUGUCCGUCUCGCAUGCGGCGUUUAGUUCCUCGGGCCAUGUAGCUACCUCAUCGUACGAUGACACGAUUAAGAUUCAUGACUUUACCGCUGCGGCUGAUUGGAAAGUCGGCACCUCGCUGUCCGACGACGAGAUGGAGCCCAUGGCCAUUGUUCCGCAUAACAACCAGACUGGCAGAUGGGUCACAAUUCUCCGCCCGCAAUGGCAAGAACGGCCACAAGACGGCCACCAGCGCUUCUGCAUCGGCAAUAUGAGUCGCUUUGUCGACAUUUACUCUUCAUCGGGCGCGCAACUCGCCCAGCUCGGAGGCGACGACAUUACUGCCGUGCCCGCCGUGACCCAGUUCCACCCCACUAAUGACUGGGUGGCCGGUGGCACUGCGAGCGGUAAAUUGUGCUUGUGGAUGUAGGCGUCUUGUGCCCUUUAUUCGCAUAAUCUAGUUGAUAUGCUUUCUGCAUUACAUGCUUGCCCUUUUACAUUUACCCUUUUACACUUACCGUUUGUGUAGCGUGUUAUACCUUGCUGUUGUCUUUUUUGUUUUCUCUAUUCUUUUAUGGUUUCUGUUUUCUUUUACCGUUUUCUGUUCUCUGUUUUCCAUAUUUCGCAUUCUGUUUCCGCUGCAGG